AGCUUGCAAUAAAUAAUUUAAAAAGUCUCAUCAUUGUCUCUGCGGUCGCGUGAUAAUUUUCCUUUUCGACGACGGCCCCGUGGUGAUUCAAUUCCGCCCGCGCCUUGCAAAUUCAGCACCGCGAUUUUGUCUUUUGAAAAUCAAUUAAAAAAAAGGAUUUGAUCGUCGUAGUGCAAAAAGGGUCAAAAUGGGGUCUUCUUCUGAUGCAUGGAUGAGAGAGUACAAUGAGGCUUUAAAGCUCUCUGAGGAUAUCAAUGGCAUGAUGUCUGAAAGGAACUCGUCUGGUGUAACGGGGCCUGAUGCUCAGCGUCGUGCUUCUGCUAUUCGAAGAAAGAUCACCAUUUUGGGGACUCGAUUAGACACUCUUCAAUCCCUUCUUGUUGGGAAGCAACAUGUGUCAGAGAAGGAGGUGAAUCGUCGCAAGGAUAUGGUUGGGAACUUGAGAUCAAAGGCGAACCAGGUGGCGUCUGCUUUGAACAUGUCAAACUUUGCGAAUAGAGACAGCUUGCUUGGGCCAGAUACAAAGCCUGAUGAUGCAAUGAACAGAGUCUCUGGCAUGGACAACCAAGGCAUUGUUGGAUUUCAAAGACAAGUUAUGAGAGAACAAGACGAAGGGCUGGAGAAGUUGGAGGAAACAGUGAUGAGUACCAAACACAUUGCUCUCGCUGUCAAUGAAGAGCUCACUCUGCAGACAAGGCUUAUUGAAGACUUGGACUACCACGUGGAUGUUACUGACUCCCGCUUACGGCGGGUGCAGAAGAGCCUAGCGGUGAUGAACAAGAAUAUGAAAGGAGGUUGCUCGUGCAUGUCAAUGCUAUUGUCAGUGCUUGGAAUCGUUGGUCUUGCUCUUGUCAUUUGGCUGCUGGUUAAGUACCUCUAAAUCUGAUCCCCCACCACCACCAAUAUGACAAUGAAUGAAUUUGAUAUAUAUAAGCAAUGAAAAAAUGUGUACCUCUUCUCCUUCUUUCUGCCUCUCCUCUAUGCGAGAGUGGUUGUUAUUAUCAAUAUAUUUGUAUUGUUUCCUCUUUUGUGCCUUCUCUCUCAUUACUGUAAGAAGAAUGUCGCUGCGUGUGCAAGAAACAAGUCACUUAUUCAAUCUGUAUUUCCCUUGGUCGUGUA